AUGUCUUUCCUGGCACCAGGCUCAGAGGCACCUGCUCAAGAAGAGCAGAGUUCAGGCUAUGGUAAAUUAAAAGCAAAUCCAAAGGCUCGUAAUCGCCGUGGUGGUGUAAAGUUUUUCGAUUCAGCAGAUUGGGCAAUGAAAAACGGCAACGAACAGAAACAAGAAGAACAGCCAACAACAGUUCCAUACAAUGCACAGAUUACAGAAGGUGAAGCCCCAGCUGAUGGUGAAUCACCACUUGCUGGUAGCAAUUCACCAAUUUGCGGAUAA